AUGAAGUUACAAGCCCUGAUUAUCCUUUUCUAUACCUAUGUUUGUAUAAGCACAGCUCAGAGCUGUAAAUGCAAGCCAACAGACAAUGAAGACACCUACUGUGAAGCCAAGUGGAGUGAGUUUUAACAUUUUUUAGAAUUUCUAAUAUCUUACAAAAUACGUUAGUAUAUUAUGUGAUAAUAUAGUAUAUAAUACUAAAUAUAACAAGCUUUCCAGUUUUGAUAUUACCAUUAACUCAUUUUCCAAGUAUAACCAAUUGAAAGGUGCUACUUAACUUUAAAAAAAGUGAAAAUCCUAACGCUCUAAUUGAUCAUUUUAGUAUCACACCUAAAAGUCACUGACAAGAAGAGCAGUCACGACCGUCUGACAACCAUCUACACAGCAGAACAUAUCGAAGUUUUUAAGGUAUCUUACGAAUAGUUUACAUAGAAUCAAUUUUUGCCUUUAAAUCCGAGCUUUGAACAUAAGAAAACGUUUUUUUUUAAUUUUGUGAAAACUUAAAUUUCAGAAGCCAGAAAACGAUUUAUCGACAGAAUUCAUAUCACCCGCCUUCUCUGGCUCUUGUGGAAUAUCAGCACUGAAGGUUGGAGAAGAAUAUCUAAUCGCUGGUAGGUUUUGUUAUCAAUUAGCUUACUUUUAUUCGUUCUUAGCGAAAAAAAAAUCAAAAAUUUCCCGUAGGCAUUUAAAACCUUUAAAAAUGAAAAUUUUUGUUUCAAAAAACGAUUUUUCCAAAUUUUAAGCCAAAAUUUAGGUAAAAAAUGGCAUAAAAACCUUAUAAACUUACAGAGUAGGCCACAAGAACUAUAACCAAGCUUUCAGGGACGAUAGCAAACGGAUUCGAGCUUCGUGCCGUUUCUUGUUUAUUCUUUAAUGUUGAUGGUAGUAACCUGAUUGGAGCCGUUGAAUGGAAGGUUGUUCCCAACACGAUAAAAGACUUGUUGACAAAGAAUAAACCCAGUUGUGAUGUGAAGAAAGAACCUGGCACCAAAAUCUAA